CGACACGACACCGACGGUGAUGUCUGGAGCGCUUUCAAGCGGGUUCCUUGGGUGGCCCCCGAGUCCGUCUGCUUCCACGCCGGACAAUGCGUCGUCUGCGACCCUCAUUCCGACCAGCUCGGAAUCGGACCACGACGACCCCCGCGACAAGACCUUCGAUUCCUUUCAUACCCCAUCCGGUGGGGACAUGUCGUCUGCUUGUGCAGAACUUUCCAUUGCAGACGACUGCCCAUUGGAGAUGGAACCGGUAGCAGACAAAAAACCCGGCGACGAGGAUGUAACUUCACGCCCUCCGCUGCUCCGCUCUCUAUCGUUCACGGUUGAGAAACCGUCGCUCGCCCUUCUUCUUUGGGGAAGCAAGACGCCUAAGGAAGCAGACGACGACGUACAGAAACCAGACAGCACUGAUAAGUCAUUCUCGCCUACUGCAACGCCACAAAAAACGGAAAGCAAUGACUCGCUGUCAGGCACGUCGCCCGCGUCGACAGACCUGUCGAGUUCCCAGCCGAGUUUGGUGUCUUCUAAAACAGACGGCGAAGAUUCCAUGGCAGACGGCAUUGUCGACAACGGAGCAGACGACAUGUUUGCAGACACCGACACCAGUUUCGAAGCAUGCAACAGUUCGGCCUGCAGCGAUUCUAAGGGGCCCAAUGACGAUCUGCAGCUGUCUGGUGUCAAGGCUAUAGGCGAAACCUUCAGCAUUUCUAACGGCGCUGAAGACAAGUUGCCGACACCGUUUGCGAGGCCUGGUGUUACGCCCCUGAAGCGUGGAGAUACAUUUGUGCUUUCGUCGAGGCAGAUUGAUGGACAUGCAUCUGAAUCGGCUGCUGGGGACAGAAGGUACUUCCCUUCGACGGGGAGCGUGGAGUGUUCAGCAGCUGAAUUGUCUGCGGUGUCGUCGAGCCAGCCAAUCUCUUCAAACGAUGCUGAACAAGCUGCAGAUGACGCCGACCAGGACAGUGAUGGUGAGACAUCGAGUGUUUCCUCGGACGAUUCUUUCAGGUCUACAAAGGGCCUCGACUUCAUGGAGGAGAUGCUGGCAGAACACAACAAGGCGAUGGACACCCUCAGCCGUAACCUGGCUCUCGAGUUUGUGAAAGACGGAAGCGCUUCGCUGGCCACCUUCUCGCCUAACGGCAACGAGCAGACCUCGUGGGAGACCCCGGAGACGACGCCUCCUGGGUCCCGCACCGCUUCGUUUUCUGACGAGGUCCGAAGCGACGUAGAACAGCGCAACUCGGAACGGUGCGAAGACAGCCCAAAAUCUCGUCUGCAAUGCGCCGACGUCUCGCCGUCGGCCACCGGAAGUACGAACCGGGACCUUCUCGCGGAGACGAAAGAGACGCUGGACCCAAGAUGGCGUCGCGGUUUUGCCCGUCUGACGGCGUUGAUCAGGGGUCACCUAACCCGGAGGCUCAUGAAGACUGACCGCGUGCAGACCAUCAUUCAGACCAUCAAGGACACGCUGGAGUGCGCCCUUGCGCUUCACCAGGAGCCCCACAUCCGGUGUGGCACUAUCACCUCCCAGGACCUGGAGCUCCACCAGAGGCUCAUCACCCAGUUGACGGCGGCGUGCCACGAACUUCACGACGUGUUCUUCAGGAUUCCCUGCGGCGACCGGAUGCGCCUGAUCGAGCAACUUCGGUCUAAGAAGACGUCGGAUGCGACGAACAAUCUUCCCAAACGAAUAUCGGCAGCCACACAAAAGGCCCUGCGAAGGCGCUUGUCAAGGGACGAUGUCAGGCCCCGUGCUGGCGGAUGCAGGGAAGCAGUUUUGGCUGUGCAGCGUGCACCUCUCCAUCCAGCGACGGAAACCCGCCUUGCCCCCUCAGGCGCUACGCGCAAGAUCUGCCGACUCCCCAUGUCCAAGGUGUGAGCAGCGCACACGCGUCCACAACUUAAAAGCAAACAGACGUGCCUUUAUCCUCGAUUUUAUUUUGGUAUUUAUUUCCAGCUCGGCUCUUUUUUUUUUUUUAUCUCUGAAGAAUGACCACAAUAAAAGUUUGCACAGUAAUAA